AUGAAGAAGCAGUAUCGCCGCCGGCGGGCCGACUCUGAAUCCGCAGGCUCGGACGAAGAGGAGGAGGAGGAGGAGGGAGAGGAGGGAGAGGUGGUGCUGGAACAUAAACCGUCCAAAAAGAGAGAGAGGACCUCAACGAGACGCCAGAGCCCAGACAGAUCGCACCGCAGCGGUGGCGGCAGUGGACGGCGCAGUAGUAGUGGUGGCAGAACAUCGGGCAGUAGAAAACGAGACGGAGACGAUAGCAGUAGGAAGAGAAGAGACCGCGAGCGUGACCGAGGAGAUGAAGACAGCAGGCACCGCCGCAGGGAGGAAGGUAGUAGAGGAGGAGGAUCUGGUGGCAUCAGCUACGGCAACUUGGCGGUAGGGGCAGCUGGAGGCAGAGGGUCUCUUGCAGUCGACAGGGAUUGGCAGCGGGAGAGAGAAGUGGAGAGAGAAAGGGUGAGCAGCAGAAGGGACCCUCGAAGAGGGGCUGCUGCGGGCAGCAGGGAUAGCGGCGUGAACUACGGAAAGGAAGCCGACACACGGGAGAGGGACCGGGCGCGAGACAGAGAGGAGCGGGAGAGGGAGAGGGGCCGGGAGAGGGAGCGGGAAAGGGAGAGAACCAAGGAGAGAGAGAGGGAACGAGAGAAGGACAGAGAAAGGGACAGGCUGCUGCAAGAGUUGGCCGGUGACUCGGACGAGAAUCCGCCCAAGUCGAGCGGCCCAAAGGAAAAGACCGGCAUCUUCUCCUACAUCAAGAAGACAACGGCGGCCAUCAAUGGCAGCAACCCGGUCGCCGGCAGCGGUGGCCGUGACGACACCACGGCAGACGGGAGGGCAGCGGGGGCGGACGGGAGGGCUAAAGCGGCGGCGGCAAGGGCUGCUCGGCCGAACAGCGCGGCGCUGGUGAACAUCCUUCGCAGCGACCGCCGCACGAAUAUCCGGAUGGAUCGCGAACAGUUCGACGGGGCGCAGACGCGGCUGAGGAAGCUCGCGCCAGAGGGAAACGAUGUCUGCGAUAACUUCAGCACCGGCUGCCGGCCGGACAAGACCGGCAAGAAGGACCACCCGUUCGUUUGCACCCAGUGCCCGAUGAGCUUCCCCAUGGCCACGCAGCUCAGCGACCACUUGGAGCGAGCCCACGGCAUCUUCAAGCACCCGUCGCUCAUCACCCCGAACAAGACCCUGUCCGCGGGGCUCGCGGCAGAGACGUGAACCAAUCCUUCUGUUUUCGGCUGAAUUUUGAGUGGGUCGAUUGAAGUAGUGCAGGUCUCUGGUUGGUCAUGUUUUGGCAUGUCAGCUCACAAGAAAGCUCGUCGUAUUUUGUUUCGGUUGGGCGGGCGGGGAUCAGUAAAUUUUACGGCGCACGGGCCACGCAGGCUUAAAAAAAUAUUAGGCGGCCUGUGGGAUGAAGAGAUCAAUGAAACUGACUUUUUGUAUAAGGUAGCGGACAAUUUCCGUUCACUCUUCCCUCCUACAGCACAGUUAUCACAGCGUGUGAGUCGUGAAACGAACAAAGUGUUCAAUUUGAAGGAAGGGACAAAACAUGCUAUGCAUACCGCGUGGCUGCAAUUGCAACCUAUGAGAGCCAUGAUCGAAAGUGGUGUCGAAUAUGUUUUGCGGUGAUUCAUGUUUUCUCUCUCCCUUCCUGUUCCGUGGGAUACUGGUGGUGUUUGCCGCUACCGCGUUUCAAGGAAUAUGUUUUGCUAGCAGGGGGAUGGCGGCAAGUAGGUUGACCGCGUUGUGACGUUCACUCGGUAAGAGCGUCGGGUUGGCGUAGGUCGAAUGCCAUCAGCGCUAUAUCUCGGACGCACGCGCAAGGGAAGGAAAAUAGUUCGGGCCAUCACGCGGUAACUGCCGUGAAGUGGUAAAGACGUUAACUUACAGGGAACAAGGAUGGGACCCGCACGUGUAUUUGGCAGGUACUGCUGUAGUGUUGAGUGUCGUUGGAGCGGUCACAAUCGUGCCCAGAAGGGGGCUUAGGCCGGCGCGGCGACUGCUGCACCAUAUACUUUGUGGAAUUUCGGAUGACGAUACGGACGUUACGCCCGGAAUCUCGAAAUGCCCG